AUGCGACCGUCUCCUCCAUACUUCGAGAUCGCGGCUGUUCCUUCCCGGUUAAUUAACCGACCUGUUGGCGUCGGUCUACGAUCGCCACGCCGUCAUGCUCCAGCCUCCGCUAGCCAAACUAAGGAUGACGAAACGCCAACCGGCCGAGAAAACCCGGGCCUUGCUUUCACGUCGCGCCGAGGAUCCAAUGGACAGCAGGCUCAGCGCCGCUCCACUCCCCCAGAAGAAACGUAA